AAUUUACUUCAUGUGAGAUGAAAAAAGCGAAAUAAUCAGGCAAAUCAUUUUUUUAGAGGCUUUAUUUUGUAAAGAACUCAUGAGAAAAAUAAAAUUCAGAUAUAAUGAUAUAUUUUAUUGAUGGUUAAAAUGAAAGUGUUUAACUUCACUCCUUUAACGCAGCACUCAGCUUUUGAGAAUUUUGAUAAGUCAGCUUUAAGGUUAUUUUUGGGCCGAUUACUUCUUUUCAGUUGAGACUUCUUUCCAUGCACCGUGAAAGUUUGAAUAGAUAUUGUAGUUUAUUUAUCAUGCAUAUGUUUAUAACUUUCCUAUAGCAUGUUCGAAUAAUUUUUCAUCAAUUUGUUUUCGAUUUGCCUUUUUUGUCGAUCCGUUUUAUCUGUACAUGUUUACCAACGAAGAUCUUGGUUAAUUAGCUUUGAUGAAGGAAUGAAUUCUCCCCAGGCCAAAUACAAACAGAGGCAAAUUUGAAUGACACGCAUGCUCUAUAGUGCGGUUGUUAGGACGCUGUCGUUAAACCCGCGAGUCAAUUAUCACUAACGGUUUUCCUCUGAAUAUGACAUUUUUACGCAAAUUUCCUUGACUUCGGCCGAAAAAUGGAAAAAGCUGAAUAGAACAGUCAUUAUAGUCUUCGGAAAUGACGGAAAGAAAGUUUACCACGCUUAGAAAGCGUCUGGAUCAGCUUGGCUACAGGCAAGCUUUGGGGAUUGAAUCUGUUCCUUUAGUGGAGAAGUUGUUUAGCGAUCUUGUUCAUACGACAGAAAGCUUAAAAAAUGUUAAACUUCAACUGGGAAAGCAGGAGAAGGAAAGAACAGUUUACGAAGAUAACGUGGAGCCAUAUAGAAGUGAUAAUGCAAAACUGGUUAAAGAAAACAAUGAACUUCAUCUGCAGCUCAUAAAACUACGAGAGGAAACUGAUCAGGUUAUUAGAGAUCUGAAAACCAGCGUACGAAAGUUAGAACAUGAAAAUGCGGACCUGAAAUUUUUAAAUACACAAUAUGUGCAUAAAGUGAAGGCUUUGGAAAAGGAAAACAAGUCGAAAACUGAAAGGAUACAGGACUUACAAGAGAAAAAUUUGCAUGCAGUUGUUGAAACUCCAGGCGGACGAAGGAAACAGAUACCGCUUCGUCGUCAACGUAUGGAUAUUGAAAGCAUGGUUUCUCCUGCUCGUGAUCUGAACGACAAGGCAGACGAUGUACACGAUCCGUAUGUAGCAGACUUGUUAAACGUGGCUGACACAAGAAUAGAAGAGCUACAAGUUCAAGUGUCUCAACUUCAGGACGAAAAAUCGAGCACGGAGAGACGAAACAAGAGUCUUCGAAAACAGGUGGAGUCUCGUGAUAAAGAAAUUGAGAGGUUAAACCGGCUGCUAGACGGUGGGCGGCCUGUUGAUGCAGUCCUUAGAGAGGGUAAAAAAGACAGCAGUGAAAGAGUUGUUGCUCAUCUUAAUGUUCAGGUGGAUUAUCUGCAGCAGGCCAAUCAUGACUUAGAAAAGCAAUUAAAAGAUACAGUCGACCAGAAAGUUGAGGCGACCAGGCGAGCCAAUGAGCUUGAAGCAACAAAUGCCGAUCUUCUUCUGGAACUCAAAGAUCUCAACAGACUCUCCAGACAAGUUGAGCAGGAUAAAGAGAGAGAUGUCAUAGCUAUGCAAUCAGAGUUGUCAGAUACAAAGGCUGUUCUCAACGACCUUCAACAUCAAGAAGGUGCUCAUAGAACAGAAAUGCAAGAGCUCAGAAAGGAACGUCAGCGCUUGAUGGAAGAAAACGAGCGCCUGGCUGUGCUUGUGGAAAACGCUGAACAAGAUGUGCGUCAUGUCACAGACUUACUGGAUAAAUCUGACAAGGAGAGGAAACGUCUGUCAGACAGAAACGCCCAGCUUACCAUCAAUGAGCGGGAGCUUGUCAUGGAUCUAGAGAGACUUAAGUUAACCAAGUCUGUGAAGCCUAAGAAAAGUCGAGACAAGUCUCCAUCUAAGAUAGAAUCGCUGGUUAAAACGCUAGAAAAGGAGAGAGAUUACUACAAAGGUGAAUGUGAAACACUUCAAGGAAUGAUGAGGAAACGAUUAUCCGCAUCGCCAUCGUCAAACCGCAAAGGAAGCAAGGGCAAAGGAAAGACGCUAGGACAUUUAGAAAGCAUGACACUGCUUUUGCAGGAGGAAAGAGACUUUUACAAACGAGAAUGUGAACUUCUCAGAAAUAUGAAGGAGAAGAGCGUGUUAAUGUCACCUCCGACAAGAGAAAGGGUAUCACGUGACAGUCCCAGUGAAUUGAACCGUUUGAGGAGAGAAAGAGAUGAACUCCAGUCGUUAGUAGAAAAAUUCGAAAAACAUCUUACAGAGAUUCAAGAGAAUGUGAAGACAUUGACGCAAGACAGGGAUAAUAUUCAACUACUUUACGAGCAGGCCACGGACGAAAUCCAAAGACUGCGACGUCAGGUGUCUCAUGCCCGCUCCCCUUCACCCUCUCGUGCAGCCUCGGCUGUUUUGUUACGAGUGGAGUCUGAGAGAGAUGCUGCACUCGCUGAUGUUCGACGCAUCAAUACUCAACUUGACAAUCUUGAGGACAAACUUAAGGCAUCUCACGAAAGCAGUCUUCAAGAAAGACGACGUUAUGAAGAUAAAAUAGAGCGAUUGGAGUCCAUGUUGGAAAAGGUUGAGGCAGACAGGAACGAGCUGCACGCUCGAGUGACGUCACUAAGAAACAUGGUGGCCAAUCUCGAGGACCAAUUGAAACAGUCCUCGGCUCAGCUCUCCAUGGCAAAGGACUCGGCCCUGGAACUUGAAUCCGAGGUCAACAAGGUACAACUAAGCGCUGACCAAGCUAAUCGCACAGCGGAAGACAUGGAAAGGAGGCUGAGUAGGAAAGCUGGGGAGUUACAAGCAUCUGAAGAGAAAUGUGCGCAGCUGGAGCGUAGAUUAGAGGAAAAUGAGAAGAGAAACGAAGAGCAGAGUUUUGAAACUGCUGAGAUAAAAGCCAGUCUGAAAUCAUUGGAUCGAGAGAGAGAUGACCUACAACAACAGGUGGACGAGAAAACGGAAGAGAUCAUGCAAAUGGAAGCAAAGAAAAUACAACUGGAGAAAGCUGAGAGCGAGUUGAAGAUGAAUAUGGAAGAUGUUGAGGCGCAAUUGAGUCACGCGUUAGAACAAAGCGGCCUCAAGGAUAGAGAAAUAAAGAGCCUACGGCGCCAGUUAGAUUCCAGAGACGACGAACUAGCUGAAAUGACGAGAGGGAGGGAAGUAGCUUUGAAAGAGAACAGGCGACUACAGACAGAUCUCAACACCAUGACUGAAGAACAUCAGUCUAUCCAUCAACAACUUCAGGAUGCUUUAGAAGAACAAGAGAGUUUGAAGGUACAAAUAGCUGAAUAUGCCAGACAAGUGGCUCGAGUGGAAGAACUUCUGGCACAAAAGGAACAAGAAAAAGAAGAGCUUCUAGAACAGUAUCGAGUUCUGUCUGGUGAAACGGAGAGACUUGUCUCUGAGUCUAAGGCCUCUGCAGGACAAGUUAAUAACUAUCACAUGGAACUAAUUCAGAAAGAACGAGCAGAGAUGGAACUCAGCGAUAAAAUAAGAAGGCUUGAGAGUGAAAUACAACAGUAUGGAGCUUCCCAUCAAGCCUACGAUAUUCAAGUGUCCAGUCUCACUCGGUCAUUGGCGCAGAUGGAGGAGCAGCUCAGACUGGCUAAUGAAGACAGGGAGAAUAUGAUGCAAGAUCUUUCAGCGGUCAGGGAACUUUGCAUGAAACUAGACCAGACACGCGAAUCUCUCUCCAGGCAACUGGCUGCAAAAUCUUUAGAUCAUGAUCAGAUGCGUGAACUACUUGAAGACGCCAAGAUGGAAACAGACGCACUACGCAAAAAGGUGUUCUCAGAGAAAGAGACUGUGAGAAGUUUAGAAGGAGUGCUAGCAAAGCAAAGAGAAAAGGAGUUUGUGGGAAAGAAGUCUUUAGAAACAACUUUGGAAGAAGUGGAUAGAUUAAAAGACAGACUGGCCAAAACAGACGAGGAUAGAUCUUAUCAACGUCAAGAGGUCAACACAUUACGUAAAGCAUCUGAAAGACUUGAAGACGAAGUAGCCAAGUUGAAAAAGAAACUAGCCAACGAGAAAUUUGAAAGCAGGGAAAGGUUACUACAAGAGACGAGCAGAAAAGAACGAGAUAUUACAGGGUCAGCGUCCAGGGAGUCACUAACAGGCCGUUACUCUCGCAACACGGAGCAAAGGUUGCAUACUUCGUUUAGCAGUGGAGAAUUUGCAAGACUAAAGCCCAAAGACAUGUCUUCACCACUUGCCUCUGAUCACAGUGACACAGGCAGACGACUGAUAUCACCCAUUCGUAGGCGAAGUGUUGACGAUGACUUUUCAGAUGCAAGCUAACAAGAAUUAAAUAAAACUUAGUCAAAGGAGGGAACCGAUCCGUUUCCAAGGGAGAGAAUUUAGAAUACACAAAUGUCUCAGAGAUAUUUCACACGGGAUCACACUUUCGUUACUAACCCCAUUAACUAAAGAAUCGACGUACUUUUUCUAUGUUCGUGUACCCUUUUUAAGUACUUUAUUAUGUUUUAUAGUGUAUAUAAGAUUUUAUCAAUGGUAUAACCAUACGUAUCAGAAAUUCACGUCAAGAGUAUUAAAGGCAAUGCGCUUCGAAUAUUAUUUCUAUUCAGGAAAUGUGACAAGAAAAAACCUGUUGAGAAAGGCGGCCGCCCCGGGUGAACUCACCACAGUCUCGACAGGCUCAAAAGAAAAGAUGCGAUCGCUUCUCAGGUUGAUUCAUUGUUUCGCUCUGAGCACAAAAAUGGGAUUAUUGUUUGCAAUUGAUUUUCGUUGCUAUGUGGAAAUUUAAAAUGGAAAAAUUAGUCUGGAAGUUAAAUUGAUCGCUUUACUUUCGCAGCCUACCACUAGCUACAACAGAGCCUCGGGUCUUACGGUCGCGCAGGAUAUUUUUUUAGAGUCGAAAAUGAGCAUAAUCUUCGUCCGCACAGCGCACGCCCAACCUAUUGCUCUCGCUCGUUCCCAGUCGUCCAUAAAUUGUGGGCGGCCCACGCGGACGGCGUUGAUGCGCGAGGUAUGACAGGUUGGGAGAAGGCUUCCCAUCAAUCCUUUCUCAUUUAGGAUCCCCCUUUUUGUCGGGCUCGUUUUGAUUUCUAACGGAGCCUAGUCAACUGAAAAUUCGAAAUAGUUUGAUUGUUUCUCAAACACGAAACGGCCACAAGCGGUCCAUCUAAAACUAGAAGACGGUGUCCAGCCUUUCUUACCAAAAUGCAAGACUAUAGGAAGUUGUCAAAUGCAUUUGAUUACAAUCCACCAUGAGAAAAUUGUUAGACUGAUAUGAUGAAUAUUUGUAAUUGAAUACAGUGUUUCACGAGUGUUAGGAAAUUAUUUUAUACAUUGUAUUACACUGGGAGAAAUAAAGUAAGAACCCUGUUUAGAAAAUUCGUAGGUUUUUCAUUUAUCUAUUAUAAUGGAAAUGUCAGUGUUCAGUAUUUCUGUUUAUUUUUUGGCGUUAAUCAAUGGAGUUUCAGCACAAUUUCAACAGUUCAAUUAGAGGAGGCAAUGGGACGAUCCAGAGUUAUUUAUAGAAGGUCCCUUGUACAGGAGUCAAUUUUCAGAGACAUUCUCAUGAAGACUAAUAUCGACUUAUUAUUAUCCAACUACACUCCGUAAAG